AUGUCAGAAAGCAAUGUUGUUCAUAUAAAAGCUCCAGUAACGGUUGUAGGCGAUAUCCAUGGUCAAUAUUACGAUUUAAUUGAAAUAUUUCGAAUUGGUGGUUAUUGCCCAGACACAAAUUACUUAUUUCUUGGCGACUAUGUUGAUAGAGGAUUAUUUAGUAUCGAAACAAUAUCAUUAUUAACAUGCUUAAAAUUGAGAUACCCAGAUCGUGUGCAACUUGUAAGAGGAAAUCAUGAGUCGAGGGCAGUGACUCAGACAUAUGGAUUCUAUGCGGAAUGUAUGAGGAAAUAUGGCUCCAUGCAGGUGUGGAAGUACUUUACAGAUAUGUUCGAUUACUUGACACUAUCAGUCGUUAUUGAUAAUAGCAUUUUUUGUGUACAUGGAGGUCUAUCGCCAACCAUACACGUUGUAAAUCAGAUUAAGGUGAUAGACAGAUUUAAAGAAAUACCACAUGAAGGCGCAAUGGCAGAUCUUGUUUGGUCUGAUCCGGACCCAGAUAAAGAAGAUUUUGCUAUAUCAGCUAGAGGAGCAGGCUAUACGUUCGGAAAAGCAGUGGUGAAUCGUUUCUUGCAUUUAAAUAGUAUGGAUCAUAUAUUGAGAGCACAUCAAUUAUGUAAUGCGGGAUAUCAAGUUCUAUUUGAUGACAAACUAUCUACGGUUUGGUCAGCGCCUAACUAUUGUUACCGUUGUGGCAAUCUGGCGUCAAUAUUAGAGGUGAGCGCGAAUGGUGAAAGGUAUUUCAAUGUAUUUGAUGCUGCGCCCGAAAAUGAUAGAGUAUUAGACAAUUCAGCAUUAUCUGGAAAGGUACGAAAACCAACCAGUGGGAAAAGAAUCUCGACUCUAAGAAUCGUUAAACAGUCUCUGGAAAUCAUUCUAAGCAACCAGGACUCAAAGCAGAUAUUCUAUUUCCUGUUAUUGAAUCUGUCAUAUAUGUUUGUACAAUUGGCAUAUGGUGUUUGGACUAAUUCCUUAGGUCUAAUUUCAGAUGCUAUCCACAUGUUUUUUGAUUGUUUAGCUUUGGGUAUUGGUUUAUUUGCCGCUGUCAUGAGUAAAUGGCCUUCUAAUUCAGAAUAUUCAUACGGCUAUAAUCGUAUCGAAACUGUAGCAGCUUACUUCAAUGGUGUGUUUUUGGUCCUUAUAUCAUUGUCUAUUGUAGGCGAGGCUAUACAAAGAUUGAUCAAUCCUCCCAUGAUGAACACGCAUCGUCUAUUAUUUAUCAGUUUCAUUGGGUUGGUUGUCAAUUUAGUGGGUAUCUUUGCAUUUAAUCAUGGACAUGCACAUGGACAUAGUCAUGGUCACGACCACGGUCACGGACAUGGACACGGCCAUCACCAUCAUCACGGCCAUAACCACGGACAUAGUGCCAAUAUGCAAGGUGUUUUUUUACACAUCAUGGCAGAUACUCUAGGCUCCGUUGGUGUCAUUGUGUCUACAUUACUCAUCAAAUGGUUUGGUUGGACAGGCUUUGACCCCAUUGCUUCUCUUUUCAUUGCUACUCUUAUUAUUUUAUCUGUAAUACCCUUAAUCAAGCAAUCUGCCGCUGUUCUUAUGUUGGAGCUCAAUGACGAUACGGUCACUGUUGUCGAAGGCACUCUAGAAGAGAUUAAAAGCAAUAUUGACGGCAUUAUAAACUUUGAUCAAGUGCGAUUCUGGCCUUAUGAGGCAGAAACAAUGAUAGGAUCUCUUCAUGUCCACGUCAAGGAUGAUGUUAAAGAUACCCAAGCCAUUCGACAGCAAGUUACAGAAUGGCUUAUGAGCCAUAUUGAGGGUUUAAGAGAAGUGUGUGUUCAAGUAGAAUACCAAACUGCUGUGUUGGAGAGAAAAAAUCAACGUUUUACAGUUCCUCAAGGGGGCUUUUUCCAUACACCAGUGUAUUCGAGUAUUUCAUCAAUGAAUAAUGCGUAUGUGAAUCACAGAACAGCUAUUAUGGCAGAUAAUACGCCUAAUUUCCACUCUCAUCAUUCCCACUCCCAGUAUCAUUUAUCAAGUUCGUCUCCCAACACAACAGCAAUGGAUGCAAUCAAUCAGAAUACACCUAUACCACCUAAUCCUACUUCUGCUGCUUUUACCAAUCAAUCUCACCUACCGUCUGCUGCAUCUGGCGCUGCUUCCACUGUGAUGGCUGCUCUUCAAAAGCAAACCAAAAAAGAGUAA